GGAGCAGCGGCGGGUGGAGACACAUGCGCGCUGCUUGCCGCCGCCGCCGCAGUCCUUAGCUUCCCGGGGACAGGAAACCCUCGAGACCGAGCUGCUACUGCCUCCUCUUCGCCCGCCCCCUCUUCCGCGCGCCUGCCACACCCUCCUCCUCUUCUUCCAGCAUCUUUCGGUGGAGCGCUGCAGGGAAUCGGUCCGAGGUGCCGACUCCCCCUCCCGGGGAAGAGCUGUGACCCCUCCGCAGGAGCGGCGGGGCGGGGUUGGGGGGGCGGGAGAAGAUGGCGACGCUGGGAAGCGAACCCCAACCUUUCGUCUCUGCCCUCUCGGUGGCUACUCUUCACCCACACCAUCAUCCCCACCACCACCAUCACUAUCAGCACCACGGAGGAACCGGAGCCAACAGCGGGGUUGCGGGAGGCAGCAGUGGCAGCAGUGGGGGCUUCAACCUGCCCUUGAACCGGGGGCUGGAGCGCGCGCUGGAGGAAGCGGCCAACUCCGGGGGGUUGAACCUCAGCGCCAGGAAAUUGAAGGAAUUUCCCAGGACUGCGGCUCCCGGGCAUGACCUCUCGGACACGGUGCAGGCAGAUUUAUCUAAAAACAGACUGGUUGAAGUUCCAAUGGAAUUGUGCCAUUUUGUGUCACUGGAAAUUCUUAAUCUGUAUCAUAAUUGUAUCAGAGUCAUUCCUGAGGCCAUCAUUAAUCUGCAGAUGCUGACUUACUUAAACUUGAGUCGAAAUCAGCUGUCCGCCCUGCCCGCCUGCCUGUGUGGUCUGCCUCUCAAAGUCUUAAUUGCAAGUAACAACAAGCUUGGAUCACUACCAGAAGAGAUAGGUCAGCUCAAACAGUUAAUGGAGUUGGAUGUCAGCUGCAACGAGAUCACAGCCUUGCCCCAGCAGAUAGGUCAAUUGAAAUCUCUACGAGAACUGAAUGUCAGAAGAAAUUACCUUAAAGUUUUACCACAAGAACUAGUAGAUCUUCCCUUGGUAAAGUUUGACUUUUCCUGCAAUAAAGUGCUCGUGAUUCCCAUUUGUUUUAGAGAGAUGAAGCAGCUGCAAGUAUUACUACUUGAGAAUAACCCUUUGCAGUCUCCUCCAGCACAGAUUUGCACAAAGGGCAAAGUGCACAUAUUCAAGUAUCUAAGCAUACAAGCAUGUCAGAUUAAGACAACCGACUCCCUGUACCUCCACACCAUGGAGAGGCCGCAAUUACACCAGCAGGUGGAAGACAGCAAGAAGGAUUCUGACUCAGGCGUUGGAAGUGAUAAUGGAGAUAAACGAUUAUCUGCCACAGAGCCUUCUGAUGAAGACACUGUUAGCCUCAAUGUGCCAAUGUCAAAUAUCAUGGAAGAAGAACAGAUCAUCAAGGAGGACUCUUGCCAUCACCUUAGUCCAGUAAAAGUAGGUGAAUUUCAUCAGGAAUUUCAACCAGAGCCUUCCCUUGUGGGUGACAAUGACAACUCAGGAGAAGAAAGAGACCAAUUUACCCAUGGAACAGAUGUUCUGCACUCAGAAUUUAUAAACUGUAUUAAGGAUAGGGCAGAGGCCUGUGAAGAACUGUUACGGAUAGAAGAGGACACACACUGGCAACCCGAGGGAAUAAUGAGUUCAUCCAAAGACCAGGACACGGACAUAGCAAUGAUUGAACAGCUGAGAGAAGCAGUGGAUUUGCUGCAAGAUCCAAACAGAUUAAGCACAGAUAUUACAGAGAGAAGUGUUGUAAACUUUUAUCCUAAGGAAUCAGCAGAAGCCUUAGAAUUACAAGAUUCUACACUAAAUGGUCAAAUACAGCUGGAGACCUCUCCGGUAUAUGAGGUGCAAAAUGAUCUAACAUUACAGAGUAAUGGGAGCGAGUAUUCUCCAAAUGAGAUUAGAGAGAACGCCCCUGCCAUCUCUCCUACCACCAACAGUACAGCUCCGUUUGGCCUGAAGCCCCGAUCAGACCCAGCCCUCACUCUUCCUCCUAUCUCCUUCAACAAACUUACACAGGCACAAACAUGGGACAACUCUAGCUACAGUGUUCCAUCUGAAGGAGACAGUGACAAUGUGUUUCUAAGACCUCAGAGAAAUUUGGAAUCUAUAGACCCACAGUUUACAAUUCGGAGGAAAAUGGAACAGAUGAGAGAAGAAAAAGAACUGGUGGAACAACUUCGUGAGAGCAUCGAGAUGAGGCUCAAGGUCAGCCUGCAUGAGGACCUGGGGGCUGCGCUCAUGGAUGGGGUUGUCCUCUGCCAUCUGGUCAAUCACAUCCGCCCGCGGUCUGUCGCGAGUAUCCACGUCCCCUCACCAGCAGUGCCCAAACUUAGCAUGGCCAAAUGCAGAAGAAACGUGGAAAACUUUUUGGAAGCAUGCCGGAAAUUAGGAGUACCAGAGGCUGACCUCUGCUCUCCGUAUGACAUCCUGCAGUUGGAUUUUCGUCACAUUCGAAAGACUGUUGACACUCUGCUGGCACUUGGGGAGAAACCCCCACAACCAACUUCUGCCCUCCGCUCCAGGGAUCUUAUAAGCUUCUGUCUUGUCCAUAUUCUCUUUAUAGUGCUGAUCUAUAUCACUUACCGCUGGAAUGUUCUGUCUGCAUAACGUCUGCAUGUGCAUCCAAAGCACUGUGCUUUGUCACCCAGAUCCAUUGCGGGGUCCUUCCUCCAUCUGAGCUUUUGCUUUGCAAACGUCCAUCCCUAUUAUCUCUUCAGUAAUCUCUCGAGUUUGAAGCUGAACAUUUUCAAAAGCACAGACUUUAUAUUAGGUUGGUGCAAAAGUCAUUGCGGUUUAACAAGUUAGAAAUAAUUGCAAAAACCGCAAUUACUUUUGCACCAACCUAUACAAUGCUGUUCCCAUUACGUAACUUUUCUCACUCACUGGAAAACAGUGACAACAAAGUGUAUUCAUACCUCAGGCUUCCUCAUUCACGUGGUGCCAGCAGCAGUGCCAUGCAGUUCCUCUUCUGCCUCCCCCAGUGAGCUUCACUGCCCUGGGGAGAGGGGAAGAAGGUUUCAGAACAGGAGCAAAAGGGAUUUAUCAUAUGGAAAUCUUUUCUUUGCAGUAUGUAAGUGGAAUCCUACCUAAUUCAGGACUGGGCAAUUGAGCUAUAGAGGGACCGCCUUGCAGAGGAGACAGAAAAUCAGCAUUUUGGCCCAAUUUGGUCUAUAAAAAAUCUAUUGACCAAGUUGAAAAAUACUAUCUGGAGAAUGACUGCUUUGCUGGCCAUUUGAUUGGAUGCUUCCGUUUCCUGCAGUGGGAGCUGUGAGGGGCAGCAGGGAGGGUUGCCGCCCCUUCUACUCUGAGCCAGUCCCUCUGCCCUGAGCCAGACCCUCUGCCCUGCUGCAUGAGACAAAGCUGCGCAGAAGGGAUGCUGAGGAAGGAAGGGGCCAUCACUGUUAGAGCGCCCCCUGGAGGAUUUGCUUGCACACCAAUUUUGUGUUUUUACUUCUUACUCCUGUGAGCCUCUGUUCUGAGGCUCUUAGAAAAGAAUUUUCCCGAAGAGAUUUCUAUUUUUAAAUAAUGUAAUAGGUCAUUUUGCCUUUUGCUACAUCCCAUCAUAAUAUCGGGUCCAGAAUGUGAUGGAUUUGACUGUGUUCGUUUUCAAAUAAAGCCACGAGUCCUGGAACAUUCUUGGUCCUGGGGCUUGGGUUACUAUGGCAGGAGCUAAUAAUAAUAAGAUUGUUCUUAUUUUAGAAGAAUGUAAUUUCUCUAAUGAAUCGAAAUUUCCAUUUAACCUUUGUUUUCAAGUGACAUUAGCAAGCUGCUUUUAUUUUUAAGUAAGCUUAAGGGAUUAUAUAUUAACUAUAUCAGCUUUGGAGCAACGUGGUCAGUUUGUAAUUAAAAGAUAAAACCAAUAGAAUCCUAUCUAAGCCAAAAUAUUUCUGGUUUUGGGAUGUCCUUUUUCCUAACAUGCGAAGGCCCUGCUUCAAGGUUAAGAGCGUCUCCCCUAUGCUUCAUUCUACAUCUGUGCCAAAUAUUGUUUCUUAAAUUGGGGAGCUGAUGGAGUUAAGUUCCUCAGAUAAAUUUCUAGUUUAGUGAGAUGCAGGUGGUCUUCAUAGAUGGCUACUAAGAAGAUAAUUUUAUUUUUCUGAACAUUUCCAUGAAUCCAGGCAGGCUAUUUGAGAAUGUGGAAAACCCACAUAGUUAGAAGAGUAUAGUUAUAAAGAUUCUUUGUUGCUAAAUCAGCUCAGAUUUUCUAAUAGGAAACAUUCUUUACAAGAUAAUAUCUUGAGUUAACUGAGCUUUUCCGCUUGAUUUUGUAUUGAUUGGUGAAAUACAGGGUAUAUGGAAGUUAUUGAAUUAACCUCAGUUGUGUAUAAAUAACUUGCAGAUGUACUAAAUUGCCUUUGGUGCUAUCUUGUAUUCUUCAGUCUGUAACACAAUAAAAUCCCUUUUUACAGUGUCAAAUGAGCACCAUGAGCCAUAAGUUGCCUAAUAAACACAUUUUGGGUGAUUAUUCCAAGUUUUUAUCAGCUCACCGAUGCAUUUAUUUGUGCGCAGCCAGAGUAGUGCUCAGCAUUUCCGUGCAUCUCUGCAGUGCAUCGAGGCUCCCCGUUAAUGAUGGCCACUGUUGUUUUUUUGUUUUUUGUUUUCUGUUUUCUUUAUGGGGGGGGACAAAGGAGGAGAACAGAGAGGACUCACUGGGUGGCCAUCUGAAAGAAAAUUCUAUCAAUAAAAACUGAGUAGCACAGUCAUGUGAGAUCAGAUUUAAUUUUUAGUGUUGACUUGAUAUUUUCUAGCUAUGUUCAUAUUUCAGUUCUAGUGGCCAAAGUAUUCUUUGGACACACUUCAUUUCUCAUGCCUUUACUGUAUCUGUACCCUAAUGUGCCGCUCCUCUUGGGAUCUGUUGGAUGGUAUUUUUUCAUCAAAUAGUAUGGUAGCUAGCAGAACACAAUUAAUUUAGCCCUUUAGGCAAACCUUUGAGUGAACUCUCUUGCCGAUUGUCAAGCCAUUAAUUUCCAUUUAGAAUAUUAAGCCUCUCCAUGGUUCUUCCCCAAGGUACCCAUGCACCAGCUCACAUUGCUAGCAUAAUGCUGCCAUCGUAGCGUGACGGGAUACCUGGCUAAUCAACUUGUCAUCUGAGAGGGAGUCAGGGAUUUAGUUGUGUGAUUUGUAUGUGCAUACUAAAUCUCCUUCCUCUUACAAGAAAGGCUAUUUUUACCACAUUUCCUUCCAAUGCCUGCUAAAAAGAACCAAAUAUUAUUUUACAUUUUCUUUUUGAAAUAGAAAGAUCUAUUUGAAAUAGUAAGUUCUUUUUCUCCAGUUCUUUCAAUUGGUGGCAACUCACCACUCAGUGUGAAGAGUCCCACAGUGUGUAAGACGUAACUCAUUUCUGUUAGUUCCCUCUAUUUAUGGAUUUGUGUUUUGUAUGCAGCUCACUGUCCUCCAGGAGAGACACAUGAAAUGGGGCUAGUGAAAAGGGGCCCUGCAGAACUCAAAAGUAAUAUAACUGAGUAGGACUUUCAUCAAUGAGACUAGAUAAAUAAAGACACUUGAUAGCCUGAUGCCAUUUGUUCAUGAGUAAGGAAUUAAAUUUAGUGCACGGUGGUUUGGGUUGUCUCUCUAUAAUCCAUGCCUAUCUCUGUCAUAAGGACAAAAAGUCAUAAGGAUAAAAGAUGUUUCACCUUCAGGGUAAAAGUAAUGGACAAUGGAUUAAAAUUUCAGGAACCUAAAAGGAGUUUGGAUAGGUGAAAAAUAUUUUAAUAUGGUUUUAUUUAGGAGAUUUGCUUUUUAAAAUUAGGCUUCAGAUUUUGAAAUUAGUUCCCAAUAAACAAUCAGGUAUAUAGACUGUGUGCUUUUUUUUUCUUUAAGACUAUCAGGAUCUAGUUCCUUGGAUUUUCACUAGAAUUUCGCUUAUGCUUGUGUUCAUUUUUUCAUUCCUCAGCUAUUGAAUGAGCACUCUUGUUCAAGGCCCCACAGCAGGCCCUGGGGGUAAAAUGAUGACCAUGGCACAUAGUCCUGUGCUCAAAAAGCCACAGUCUAGACCAGGAGUCAGCAAACUUGUUCUGUAAAGUGCUAGGUAGUAAAUAUUUUAGGUUUUGAGGCCCAGACAGGUUCUGUUAAGACUGCUUUGCCAUUGUAGUAUGAAAGCAGCCAUAGACAAUUUGUAAAUGAGCUGGGGUGGCUGUGUUGCAAUAAAACUUUAUUUACAAAAACAAGCUAUGGGUUGGAUUGGCUUGCAAGCUGUAGAUUUUGGACCCUUGUUCUAUUGGAUGUAGUGGACAAAUAGGAAUUUGGUAUAUAUAAUAAGGCCCUGUGGUAGAUUGGGUACAAGAUUCUGGACCUGAUCUGAUGGGACCUGAGUAGGUGGUCUAUGAAACCUACCAGGAAUUGUGAUGUUUGUUUACACUGAGACCUAAAAGAUGUGUAGGAAUAGCCAGAUGAAAGGGUUACAGGUUAGGGAGGUGAGAAAAGGGGCAGAUGUGUGUGGAGAAUGAAGUGUUCUAGAGAGAGGAAGGACUAGAACGCAGUGUGGCCAGAAAGCAAAGAAUCAAGAGUGACCAGAAGUCUUCUCUGUCUGUAAGAGUUUGACAUGGUCUUCAUUUUACAUUGGGAAAAACUGGCCCUCCGAGUGCUUAUGUGGCAAAGCAGGACUGUGAAGCUCUCAUGUUAAACUAAUGCAGAUGGUUUUGUUUUAAGGUUCAAUCAAUUUUGUACCAAGAAUUUACAUUUUAGAAACAGACUGAACAAGGUGAACUGUGCUGACAUUAUUGACUUCAUUGUUUUUUCAGCAGCUGGCCUAGAAGGAGGCCUAUAGCUGUUUGGGAGCAUUAAGAGACUGUAGAGACAGGAGAGCCAGGCAGUGGACAUGGCGGCAACCUGCCUGCUCCCACGUGGCGUUUUCUGCCAGGAUGAGAUGUCUAUGAAGAGAAGCCAAAUGAACUGAGUGGCAGAGCUAAUGUCUUUCAUCAAAUUGAGGGUUCUCUGACCCCCUCCUGACUUUGAAUGUGUUGGGUCUUGCCUGGAUAAGACUCUGAGGGUCCAGAGCCUCUUCUGGUCUCAUGGCACAAGAUGGAACAUACUCACUUGUUGAUCAAGGAUAUUAUGGGAAGCAGCAUGAUCUCUGGAAGGAGCCCAAGCCCUAAGAUGACACAUGUUCAAAUCCUGGUUCCAGUACUUAACCAGCUGUGGGACUUGAGCAAAGUUACUCAAACUCUUUACAUCUCAGUUUUCUUGUCUGUAAAAUAAAGAUAUUAUAUUAACUUACAAGGUUGUCAUAAAGAAAUAACCAAUCAAGUCUGCAGCGUUGGUGCCAGGCAUGUAGGAGGUGCCAGAAGUCUUUCUAAGGUAGCAUUUAGUCUUUGUCGUUUGCCUGCCUUUCCAGCCCUAUUUGCUGUGGUUCCGAAGAAAGGUGGGUGAGGGGAUGUGAGUGAACCUUGUUGAUUCCACUACUGGAGAAAAAAAGCACAAAGCGUGAGUUCUUCAGAGGGGGUCAGAAGCAUGAUUUUUUAUGUAAGACAGUACUUUAUGACUCUGUGCUUUAAAAAAAAACAACAAGAGAAGCUCUAUGCUAGAACAGUCUGCUGCCAUAUUCUCAAGGAAAAGUCAUUAGGAUUCUCUAACAUUGAUAUUUAAAUGCAUUUAAGGUCAGUGUAAAUAUACAGUCAUCUUAGCUUUAAGUCUACUAUGGCUCUUUUCUGUCAUUUCUCAACCAGCUAUAAAUCUACAGCAAUUCCUUCCCCAUUCCAAAUCCUAGCUCACUUCAGGACUCCCCCUCUGUGGCAGGACUAGUGUGAUAGAAAACUGCCUCUGGCCGUCCUCAUUACCCUCCUCAUUUCUGGCUGGCUCCCCUUUCUCAUCCUGCCAACCAGCACUUCAACUCGUGAUUCCCAUCAGUCUUCACCCCAGUCCUGUUAUAAAAUAACCAGAACUGCCAUGUUUUUAUAGGGUUUCUAUUAUCUUAUGCUAGUCGUCUUAGGUACCUCCAACCCCAUCAAAAUAAUCUGAGGGUACCUCUGGGUUUCUUCAGGAGGACAGAAGGACAGGAGAAAGGCAUUAAGGAUGUACGUGGUACCUUGCCAUGUCUUCUAUUUGCUCCUCUCUGCCAGCUGUAAGGGCGGAGGGCAGAAUCUUGAACUCUACACCUGGUUUAGGAAUGAGGAAACCAGGAAGGUGAGAAAUGCUGGUUGGAAAAAUAAAGGCCUGGGAGAGACGAUAACCUUAAGCUAACUCAGUCUGUGAGCCCUGUAAGCAAGAGGCUGAGGUCUCAAUUCCUUCCCCUUCCUGUCUCUAUGGAGCCCCAUCUCCUCCCUACCAUGACCUCUCGCUUAGAACUUCUACAGACCACUGGCAUCAUUAAUGAGACUGGGGCACUUGUUAAUGGAGACCUAUGCCGUCUCCAACAGGACUUAGGAUAAGGCAGCAGCCUCAUAAAAGCCAUGUUGUACGUAGAGAUUAAGCCUUGUGGAAAUAUUAGUGUUAGAAUUCAGGAACAUUCGGAAUUACACAUAAGUAAACACUGAGGUCGGGAAGUAAAAUGCCUUGUUCAAAAUACCUUGGACAUAUCCCUCAUUGUUAAAUUUCUAUUUGUGUUCCUUGCCUAGUGUUCUGUCAGUCUCUUAAUAGUUUUUCUCACUGAUUUGUUGAGCUUAUGUGUCAUAUAAAGCCCUUGUAAUUUGAUGCAAAUACUUUUUUUACAGUUUGCUUAUCUUUUAAUUAAUGUAGGGUUUUGUUAACACACACAUUAAACUUCUAGGUAAUCGAUUGUUUUCAUCUUUUGCCUUGUGGCUUUUUUCCCAUUUUUAGCUAAGAAAAUCCUUCUGCAUAUAUUUAUAAAGAAAAUACUAAAUAUUCAUCUAUAUUUUAUUAGAAGUUUUUUUAAAAAACAACAGUUAACUCUUUAAUUCAUUUCAAAUUGAUUUUAGCAUAGGGUGAAAAUGGAAGAUUUUAUUUUUCCCCUAUGUGAUGCCUUGUACCAGGAGCUUAACCAUAAUUAGUCGCCAUUUAUAAUUUCCUACCAAGCCAGAUGUUGACGUGGGUACUUUGGGGGACAGAAGAAAGAGAAAAGCAUCCCUGCCCUGGUGGAACCAGCCUGAGCAAUGAAAUGCCAGAUUGAGGUACUUCACAAGCCUGUGGUGUCAGGAAAGGAUGCACACUGACAUCUGGCUGUGGCACCAGGAGGAAGCACCAUCCAUCCUGGCCUAGUGCACAGUGGACAACAACUCACAACUCAGAUAGAACCUCGCAUCCUUUCUCAGGUUG